UGAAUCCAUUUUACAUCAACAGAUAGAAAAAUGGCCACAUAUUUAAAUAAAAGAGUACCGUUUGAUAUUUAUAUAUUUUAUAUACAGCAAUGUAUGUCUGUUUGAGCUCUUUUGUUGAUUACAAAUCAUGGAAGCUAAAUGCUGAGAGUAUCAUUUCACAUCGGACACAUAACAUAAUUGGAUCACAACAAACAACUACAGUUCCGCGGGCGAUAUACCCAACGUUUAACUGCUAUAUUAGCCAAUAUUAUUAUGAAUUGUCCUAUAAUACGUUGAUUUGUAUUAUCUUUAUAUGACAAGUCAUGCAACACGACAAGGAUUCCAAGGCAACAUUUUACACUUGUAGUUGUUUUAGCACUGACAAUAUUUUCCUCGAGGAGUUCAAACUUCAUGUCAGAUUUCUAUCCGAGCACCAGUUUAGAUCUGAUUAUCAAGCGGUGUUAAGAAAUCUUGGCUGCUCCACUGACACAGAAUUCAAGGACAUCCUGAAAAAGAUUGAGAAAGAAGUUGAAAGGCGCAGGAGCCUUGGUGUGAAGUCAGCUGAGAGAGCUGCAGCCAUUAAGGAGAUUUAUAAACCACUCCAUGACCAUGUCUACCUUCUCCAUGAGUCCUAUAUGGCACCAGAGUUUAAAAAUAUGGUGGAUUAUUGUCGAAGUGAUGAGGCCAGUAAAGAGGGACUGUUGAGUUUAAUGCAGACAGAAGCAGCGGCAAGGGUCUUCCGCUUUCCUGUGUUCAAGAAAAUCUUCUGUGAUGAGCUGAUAGAAGAGAUGGAACACUUUGAACAAUCUAGAUCGCCCAAGGGCAGACCGAAUACCAUGAAUAACUAUGGGAUCCUCCUGAACGAGUUAGGGUUUGACGAAGGCUUCAUCAUCCCUCUCCGUGAGCAGUAUCUGCAGCCUCUCACAUCUCUGCUCUACCAUGACUGUGGGGGAUGCUACCUGGACAGCCACAAGGCCUUCAUGGUGAAAUAUGACAUGCAUGAAGACUUGGACCUCAGCUACCACUACGACAACGCAGAGGUCACUCUCAACGUGUCUCUGGGGAAAGAGUUCACGGAGGGGAAUCUCUACUUUGGUGACAUGAGACAGGUGCCUCUGAGUGAGACAGCAUGUACAGAGGUAGAGCACAAAGUGACGGAGGGUAUCCUCCACAGAGGACAACACAUGCACGGUGCCCUGCCCAUCUCCUCUGGGCAGCGCUGGAACCUCAUUGUCUGGAUGAGAGCCUCACAGGAGAGGAACAAACUGUGCCCCAUGUGCAACAAGAUGCCCACCCUGGUCGAAGGAGAGGGUUUCGCAGACGGCUUCACGAGUGACAUAGGGAUGUCUCUUCUACAGAAUGUAUAAUGUGUCCUGCAUUAACUUAAUGUUGCUGGUCCAUCUGUAUUUGUGUAUGUUAGUGUAACUAUUGUCUGGAUGUUUACUUAUCGUAGAGAUUAUCGCAUGUGCCAAAGAAGAGUAGUGGAGAGGAAACGUGAAACAUUAGGAACAUAGGGAGGCUCAUCACUACUUCUUCAAAACACCUCACUACAAACUUCAUUAUGCAGUGUCACAUUUAUUCCUACAUUUCCUAAAAUAUCAUGUCCAUACAAAAAGUGAAUUGAAUGGUAUUUUGUACAGGUAGGGGUAUUUCAUAUUCAAAUGCCAGUGUUUAUAGACACUGGGGGAGAACCUGAGCUUUUGCCUUCCCCUUUAUGGCUUACUUUUAGUGGCCUUGCUCCUGUUUCUUGUUCACAGAAAGUUGACAAGAUUUUUAAUCUGUACAAUUUAUAAAUCAUGUAAAUAUACUGAACAAAAAUAAACAUGAAAUGUAAAAUGUUUGCCCCAUGUUUCAUGAGCUGAAAAGAUCCCA